AUGGGGGGUACUGCGCCUGGAGCUGCUGAGCCUGGGGGUGCUGAGCCUGGUGGUGUUGCAGUUGACUGUGAGGCGCCUGGAGGACCUCCCUCUUCGCAGCAGCUGCGUGAGUGGUACUCACGGUACUGCAGCCUCCGGCGGGGUGAGUCUCGGGCUCGUGGUACUGCUGGAGUUGGUACUCGUGCUUCCCCACCACGGCGGGAGCCGCCCUCUUCCCCUCAGCUUCGAGAGUGGUACGCUCGGCACAUCAGUCUCCGUAGUGGAGCUGCUGGUGCUGGGGUCCCCGGAGUUGACGCUGCUGCGAGUACUACGGACCCUGGUGCUGGAGGUGCUGCUGCUGCUGGCGGUGCUGCUGGAGGUGCUGCUGCUGCUGCUGGCGGUGCUGCUGGAGGUGCUGCUAGUACUGAGGACCUGGGCGUUGGAGCUGCUGUGGGUGCUACGGACCCUGGUGCUGGAGGUGCAGCUGCUGCUGGCGGUGCUGCUGGAGGUACUGCUGCUGCUGGCGGUGCUGCUGGAGGUGCUGCUGGAGGUGCUGCGGACCCUGGUGCUGGAGGUGCUGCUGCUUCUGGAGGUGCUGCUGCUGCCGCUGGUGUCUCUGCUGGUUCGAGAGCUGCUGCACGGCCACGACCGUACUUCGUUCCGCUCCUUCAGCAGGUUCUUGGUCAGCCUCCUCCUCCUUGUUCUCCUCUCGCCUUAGAGUGUCCGCCGUCUGUCCAGUCACAGCCACAGUUACCGCCUGCCUCCCCACUCCCUGUGCCUGCUCCUUACACUGGUCCGACUGACGGUCUUGCUGAGAGACGUGAGCCUGCGUCACGUCCUGUGUCACCUGCGUCUCGUCGAGCGUCGCUUGUUCGAGCUGCUACCACUUGUAGUCGUGUCUCGCGUGAGCGUCCUCCUGCUGUCCCAGGCACGCACCGGAUGGCGCUUCGUCAGUCCACUGCUCCGCAGCGUGUUGCUCUCCCGUCGCCUCCUGCGUCCUCUCUUCCUGCUCUUGCUGACCCGGAGUCAGACUCCCUUCGCGCUGCCAGUCCUACUGUCACACGUCUCCUGGCUACGGUUGUCACUGACCCUUCCUUUGAGUCCGCUGCUGCGUCUGCCCUAGUCACUGAGCUUGUCGACUUUGCAGCUGCGUAUCGUCUAGACUACGCAGCGAGUCUUGUUGCUGAGUCUGGGUCUGCCUGUCCUUCGUCCGUCGGGGGUGAGUGUGCUCUUGGCACGGACGUCCUUGAGGACAGGCAGGAGGAGUUUGGUUGCCUUGCCGCUGCUUUGCCCCAUCUCGUGUCCAUGCUUGUUGCCCCUGAGGGAGACCCAGAUGCACCAGACAUCCCGACCCCACGCUCUUACGCAGAGGCGAUGGCCGUUCCCUACUCCUCUCAGUGGCAGUCAGCCAUGGACACAGAGAUGGCUUCCUGGAAGUCCACAGGCACCUACGUCGACGACGUUCCCCCACCUGGGGCGAACAUCGUCAGUGGCAUGUGGAUUUUCAGGGUGAAGCGGCCGCCAGGCUCUCCGCCUGUCUUCAAGGCGCGUUACGUUGCACGAGGCUUCACGUGA